AUGUACAUAUUGAGGCCGAUGCGGUACUACAAAGAGCCCGCGGGCGCGUGUGUGAUUGAAGAGAUCCAUUGCGGCCCCCUAUGGGCAGAAAUCAUCACCAACGACGCUAUCGGUCUGAUCGAGGAGUACGGCGCCCUCACCACCAGUAUAGCCACGGGCUCACUGCCCUUUGUCCAACACGGUCAUGGGUUGGUCCUCAAAGAACCGCUCGGGGUAGUGCUUGGAAUCGCUCCCUGGAACGCUCCCAUAAUCUUGGGCCUCCGUGCGGUGGUGGCUCCUAUCGCCGCAGGGAAUGGAUCCGAAUUGAGUCCUGAAACCCACUACCUCAUCGCCUCGCUGUUCCAGGAAGCCGAGUUCCCCCCUGGCGUCCUGAACUUCCUUUUGCAUCGACCGCAGGACGCGCCGGAUAUUUUCGAUGUGCUCAUCAACCACCCCGCCAUCAAGAAAUGCAACUUCACCGGAUCGACCCAGGUCGGGCGUGUCAUCGCCUCGCAAGCCGCCCUCGCCCUCAAGCCCGUGUUGUUAGAACUGGGUGGUAAGAACUUCACUGUGGUACUCGAUGACGCCGACUUAGAUCUUGCAGCCCAAGAGAUCACCAAAGGCGCCUUUCUCAAUAACGGUCAAAUCUGCAUGUCAACUGACAAGGUCCUGGUCACGACCGCCGUGGCUCCGGCUCUUGAAGCCAAGAUUCUGGCCAUCUUGCAUGAUAUUAAUACCCCCUCGGUGCUCAUCUCCCCGGCAGCCAAAGCCAAGGUGGAGAUGCUUGUAUCCGACGCGCGUGAUAAGGGUGCUCAAAUCCAUACACCCCCCGCGGCCUACAAGGCCUCGCCGCGGAGCUUCCCUCCCACCGUGCUAACAGGGUUGACGCCUGAGAUGAAGCUGUACGAAAUCGAGUCCUUCGGGCCGGUGGUAGGCAUCGUGGCGGUCGAGACGGAAGAACAGAUUACGGCCAUUCUCAAUAAUUUCCCGGAAUCAUACCGCGCCCUUGAUUUCGCUGGCUCUAUCAAGGCGGGCGCGGUCCACAUUAAUUCCAUGACCGUGCAUGACGAGCCGACUCUGCCUCACGGAGGGUAUGGGGAUAGCGGUUGGGGUCGGUUUGGCGCUCGCUGGGGGUUGGAGGAGUUCGUCCAGACUAAAGUGGUCACCCUGCAUCCAUAG